AUUUUAAGGGAAAAAACCAUUCUAUGUAUUUUGUAUUCACGUUGGCUCUUGGAUUAUACAAUACCGUUCCCGUAGCCCUGGGUUACGGGACGGGUUGCGGGACGAGUUACGGGUCCUUUUAAGUACGCAAGGAUUCAUGGGAUAUACAUCAGUCACCAGGUGCACGGUUUCAAUCAAGGAACGCCUGCCGGUAGUCGUAACCAGUGGUGCAAUUUGUGUUCUUAUUUCUGAAAUGAAUGUAUUAGAAAUCCCUCGGUUAACUGGAUCAUUAAGAGCAUUUUCAGGCUUAUCUUUAUCGAGCCAUGUUACAGAUAGCGAGGGCCAUGAAUUGGUGAGGAAACGAAAGAUCAGAGCGAAGAAACAACGCGAAGGAGAAUUGAAUUGGACGGAACUAAAAACUGCUAUACAUGAUUGUAUCGUUGAUGAUAGCAAUGCUAAAACAGAGGUUAAGAUACUGUUACGAGAACUUCUUCAGACAACCAAAGAAAUAUAUGGUGCUGAAGCCGAUAUAGAAGCUCUACAAGAAGCUGCAGUGUCACUUUUUGAUAUCCUCAAAGGCUGCGAACAAUUAAGUCAAACAGAAAGUGCAAAAAUAAGAUCGUUAUUUGGUGCUUUCCCUGCUUCAUCAGGCACUAAACUUUGUCAUAUCAUUCAGUCAAUUUACCAUUUAAUUUCCUCUGAAAAGUUAGCUCAAAUUUUGAGAAACAAAAAAUCAAAAGAAAAUAAUGAACAACUGGCUGAAUUUGGAGAAGGAAUACCUUUUUUCCAGCCUGAAAUAAGACAAAGAGAAGGAGAGGAAGAAUGGAGUUCUAGUUCAGAUGAGGAAGGAGAAUCAGUGCUUGAUACUUUUUUACGGAUAAAUCACGAACAAAGCUCCAAGAAGAAAGAGGAGAAGACAGACCAAUCUAGUCAUAGUUCAGUAAAUCAAUCAUGGUUAAUGGAGGAAUGUCAAAAGCAUUCAGUGUCAACCGAAGGAGGACUGAAUGCGGAAGAUUUGUUUUCUGCCUUGUUUGAAAUGCUGAGCUCUGAAAGAAACAAUGAAGCAAUCCAGAAUGACCUUCUAGAACUUCUUGGUUUUGAUGCUAUUGAUUUGAUAUCAAAGAUACUUCAGGAAAGAUACAAUAUUGUGACAUCAAUCCUAGAUGGAGGACAUGAAUCAGUAGGUCAAGGAAAAGAAUAUAUCAAAAGAAGCAAGAACACCAGCACAAGACCAGACCAAAGUCAACCUAAAUAUGGAUGUCAAGUUGUCAUUCAGUCUGAAGAAGAAAAGUUGUUAAUGAAACAAGCAAGAAAAGAGGGAAGACGACAAGCUCGUCGUGACAAGGGGGAUGGCGAUGAUGGUGUGGAUCAAGAAACUUACCUCAAGGAAUUGGGAUUUGAUCCUGAAAUGCUUGCAGCUCAAAGGGAAUCUGCUUUAUUCCAUGCUUCCUCUAAAUCAUUAUUUAGCAAGACAGAGAGACAAACAAGACCACGGGAAAUAUACCCCCAUGUCUAUGAUGAAGCUCACAAUGCACAAGCUGCAUUUGGUUUUGUGGCUGGUACCAAGAUUUGUUUGCCAACCACUGCAAAGCGUAAGAUAACCAAAACAUAUGAAGAGGUGUCUAUUCCUCAUUCCCAGAAUGUAGCAGUGGUUGCUGGAGAGAGACUGGUACCAAUUAGUGAACUCGAUGAGAUCGGCCAGGCGGCAUUCAAAGGAAUGAAAAGCCUCAACAGAAUUCAGUCUAUCGUUUAUGACAGUGCAUACAAUACUAAUGAGAAUCUGUUGAUCUGCGCACCUACAGGUGCAGGGAAGACCAACAUUGCUAUGAUGACAAUCGUCAGGGAAAUCAAACAGAACAUCGAACAAGGAGUCAUAAGGAAAGACAAGUUCAAGAUAGUUUAUGUGGCGCCCAUGAAAGCUUUAGCAGCUGAAAUGGUACGUAAUUUUGGUAGAAGACUCUCUCCACUUGGCAUCUCUGUACGUGAGUUGACUGGCGACAUGCAACUGACCAAGGCUGAGAUACACAAGACACAGAUGUUAGUGACCACGCCUGAGAAAUGGGACGUGGUAACGCGAAAGAGCACUGGUGACGUGGCCCUGGCACAGCUGGUUAAACUACUCAUCAUUGAUGAAGUUCAUUUGCUGCACGAUGAUCGAGGCUCUGUUAUAGAGUGCUUGGUGGCUAGAACCUUGAGGCAGGUUGAGACAUCCCAGAGCAUGAUUCGUAUAGUUGGUCUCUCGGCUACUUUACCUAACUUCAUGGACGUGGCUUGUUUCCUUCGCGUCAGUCCUUAUGAAGGCCUCUUCGUCUUUGAUGGCAGAUUCCGUCCAGUUCCUCUCGGACAGACAUUCAUUGGUGUCAAAGGAACGAGUAGUUACCAGGUCGCUAAUGAGAUGGACAAAGUAUGUUAUGAUAAAGUACUUGAGAACGUCGAGAAGGGUCACCAGGUAAUGGUUUUCGUGCAUGCGAGAAACGCUACAGUCAAGACAGCCAUGGUGUUACGAGAACUAGCAAACAAUCAUGGUGAUUCUAAGUGCUUUAGAGCUGAUCAAGACCCUCAGUUUGGUGCUGCUGAAAAACAGGUGACGAAGUCCAGGAACAAGCCUCUUCGUGAUCUGUUUCCUGAUGGGUUCAGCACACACCACGCUGGUAUGCUGAGACAAGAUCGUACUUUAGUAGAACAGCUUUUCUCGAAAGGCUUGAUAAAAGUGUUGGUGUGUACUGCUACGCUUGCUUGGGGAGUCAACCUUCCUGCACACGCUGUCGUCAUCAAGGGUACCCAAGUGUAUGACGCAAAGAAGGGUUCAUUCGUGGAUAUUGGUAUACUAGAUGUGUUACAGAUCUUUGGUCGUGCAGGGCGCCCACAGUAUGACAAGUUUGGUGAAGGAACCAUCAUCACGACACACGAUAGACUCACCCAUUAUCUGUCGCUGCUGACCAGACAGACACCCAUUGAAAGUACUCUCACCGCGAGUCUGGCAGACAGCUUGAAUGCUGAGAUCACACUGGGUACGGUCACCACCAUCGAUGAAGCAGUGAAGUGGUUAAGCUACUCGUACUUGUACAUCCGCAUGACUGUAAACCCAUUAGUGUAUGGGAUAUCCUACAAAGAGAAAGAGGACGAUCCUCUAUUGGAGAAUUACCGCAGAAAACUCGUGGUGGAGUCUGCACGUAAGCUGGACAAGGCGCAGAUGAUACGAUACACGGAGAAACAAGGUUACCUGUCUCCUACCGAUCUGGGAAGAACGUCAAGUCAUUUUUACAUCAAGUGUGAAACCAUCGAGACGUUUAACGAACGUUUUGGACCCAACUUGACGCUUCCAGAAAUCCUAGAGAUGUUGUCACAUUCUUUGGAGUUCGAACAAGUGAAGGUGCGAGAGGACGAGAUGGCCGAACUUGAGGAGCAUCUACACGAAGACUGUUUAGUCCAUCCCGUCAAGGGAGGGGUAGAGAACUCGUAUGGCAAGGUGAACAUAUUGCUUCAGACGUACAUUAGCCGUGGUCACGUGGAGUCUUUCUCUCUUGUUUCUGAUCUCGCAUAUGUAGCACAGAACUGUGGUCGUCUGGUCCGAGGUCUGUUCGACAUUGCUCUUCGUAAAGGCUACCCAACAUUAGCCGUACGGUUACUCACUCUGAGUAAAACUAUAGACAAAAGGCUCUGGCACGAAGACAACCCGCUCAGACAGUUCACGAUACUUGGGCCUGAAAUACUGAAUAAACUGGAGGCAAGGCGAGCUACAAUACCGAUAUUAAGAGACAUGAGAGCUGAUGACAUAGGCCACCUCGUCCAUCAUGUUCGUAUGGGUCAAACCAUAAAGUCUUGUGUAAAGCGGUUUCCAUCGAUUUCCAUAGCAGCAAGUAUCCAACCAAUCACGAGGACUGUACUGCGCGUGCGCCUUACCAUUCGGGCCGAGUUUGAAUGGAACGAUAAGCUUCACGGUAAUACUGAGCCGUGGUGGAUCUGGGUCGAGGAUCCUGAUCGUCAACAUAUUUAUCAUUCUGAAUACUUCCUUCUGCACAAGAAACAGGUACUUUCAGAGGAGGAUCUAAGCCUCGUGUUUACCAUACCAAUCAUCGAACCCCUCCCCCCGCAGUACUACGUCCACGCUGUUUCAGACCGCUGGCUGGCCGCAGAAACUGUUUGUGCCAUCUCCUUCCAACAUUUGAUUCUACCAGAGAAGCACCCCCCUCACACAGAACUACUCGAUUUACAACCACUACCCGUCAGUGCGUUAAACAAUGUCAGUUAUCAGAUGUUGUAUAAGUUUACGCACUUUAACCCAGUACAGACUCAGGUAUUCCAUACUGUGUACAAUACAGACCACAACGUUCUUCUUGGUGCACCAACAGGAUCGGGAAAGACAGCUGUGGCAGAACUAGCGAUAUUUAGAGUUUUUGAGAAAUACCCAGGAUCCAAGACUGUCUACAUUGCACCGUUGAAGGCACUGGUACGUGAACGAAUCGAGGACUGGAAAGUGCGCUUUGGCCAGAAGUUGGGCAAAAGAGUAAUCGAACUGACGGGUGACGUUGCUCCUGACGCUCGCUCCAUCAGCCAAGCUGACGUCAUAGUAACCACACCCGAGAAAUGGGACGGUAUCAGCCGUAGCUGGCAGACCAGGAAUUACGUCAGGGCUGUCAAACUGUUGGUUAUCGAUGAGAUUCAUCUCCUUGGUGAUGACCGUGGUCCUGUGUUGGAGGUCAUCGUGUCUAGAAGUAACUUUAUCUCGUCUCACACGGAGAAUAAAGUCAGGGUUGUUGGUUUGUCGACUGCACUGGCUAAUGCACAAGAUCUGGCUGACUGGUUGGAUAUCGGAACGGCUGGUAUGUUCAACUUCCGUCCAUCUGUGCGCCCAGUCCCCCUCGAGGUCCACAUCACGGGAUUUCCCGGCAAGCACUACUGCCCUCGUAUGGCCACCAUGAACAAACCAACAUUCAAAGCCAUUCUGACCCAUUCUCCUGAUAAACCUGUCCUCGUCUUCGUGUCAUCCAGACGUCAAACAAGGUUGACAGCUCUUGACUUGAUAGCUUUUCUUGCUGCUGAAGAUAACCCCAAACAAUGGCUGCACAUGCCAGAAGAAGAGAUGGACUUCAUUCUUCGUUCAAUCCACGACAAUAACCUCAAGUUGACUCUGUCAUUUGGCAUCGGUCUGCAUCACGCUGGUCUACACGAGCACGACCGCAAGACUAUCGAGGAACUCUUCGUUAAUCAGAAAAUACAGAUACUGAUCGCCACAAGUACUCUAGCCUGGGGAGUGAACUUCCCAGCUCAUCUAGUAGUAAUCAAAGGCACAGAGUACUUUGAUGGUAAGACAUGUCGAUAUGUAGAUUUUCCCAUCACUGACGUGCUUCAGAUGAUGGGACGAGCUGGACGCCCGCAGUUCGACGACCAAGGUACAGCGGUCAUACUCGUGCACGACAUCAAGAAACAUUUCUAUAAGAAGUUUUUGUACGAACCGUUUCCCGUGGAAUCAAGCUUACUCGAAGUAUUGCCUGAGCACUUGAACGCCGAGAUAGUAGCAGGAACGAUCUCUUCCAAGCAAGACGCCAUGGAUUACCUGACUUGGACGUACUUCUUCCGUCGCUUGGUGAUGAAUCCAACAUACUACGAUCUACAAGACACCGACCACGACAGCAUCAACGCAUUUCUGUCAGAACUGGUCGAGAAAGCUACUUCAGAACUACAGUCGUGUGGCUGUUUACAGAUUGAGGAGGACAAUGUGACGUUGUCACCUACCACCCCAGCACAGAUAUCAUCCUACUAUUACCUCAGUCACCUGACCAUGCGCAUGUUCAGUGAGGAGUUGAACGCUGACUGUAGUCUGCCAGAUCUGCUCAAGAUACUCGCGGAUGCAGAAGAAUAUACACAGUUACCAGUACGACACAAUGAAGAUGCACUAAACAAGGAACUAUCAGAACAUCUUCCAUUAGAAGUACCACCUCACUCGUUCGACGAUCCCCACACCAAGGCUAACCUGUUAUUCCAGGCUCAUUUCUCGCGGGUAGGGCUACCCAUCAGUGACUUCCUCACAGAUCAAAAGUCUGUCUUGGACCAAGCAAUACGUAUACUGCAGGCGAUGAUUGACCUGUCAGCAGACGAAGGUUGGCUCGCCACUUCUCUUCGUAUCAUGCACAUUGUUCAGAUGGUUAUCCAGGGUCGUUGGCUCCAAGACUCUACAUUGAUGACACUGCCGUCAAUUUCAGACCAACACCUCCCCCUCUUCGUAGGACCUCGCAGAGAACCAAUAGAAAGUCUUCCUGAACUUUUGGACUUCGUGGGAUCGGAUCCCGAAGCGUUGGCGAAGUUGUUACGAGGAUCGUUCAGUGCUAACCACAUUGAACAUUUAUUGAAUAUAGUCAAACGUCUACCUGUGGUAGGAAUAUCAGUAAAACUGCGCGGGGCCUGGGCUGACGGUGAUGGAGCUCAGCAAGAGGAAAGACCGCUGGACAUUGAAACGCUAGAAGGUCGUCAUGACAACUGGUCAAAAGUGCACGCUGACCAGGAAUACUCGCUGAAUAUCGAGUUAAAGCGAUUGAAUCGUUUUAAGGGAAGUGAGCUGAAAGCACAUGCUCCAUACUUCCCUAAAGCCAAGAGUGAAGGAUGGUGGAUGGUGCUAGGAGACACAGAUUCUGGUGAACUAUUGGCUCUCAAGAGAAUAGGCAACAUCCGCAGCUCUACACGUGCCACGCUCUCCUUCUACACACCAGAGAUCGAAGGAAGAAAGAUCUAUACUCUGUACUUGAUAAGUGACUGCUAUUUGGGCCUUGAUCAACAGUACGAUCUGUACUUUGAGAUAGUUGAAUCGAGCAUUGUCAGCCAGUUUAUAACGGAGGUCACUCUUUAAUAUGAAUUAGGAUUAUCUCAACCCCUCCCUCCCUCCCACGGGAUGAGAGCACACUCUUCCCUAGGUGGGUAUAGUGGGGGAUAAGCGGUUGUACUUUGCAAGUGAAUAACACAACACGAGAAAAGUUAUAAAAAUGAUGUUGCUGUUCAUAUCCAAGCUUCUUUAUAUUUCUGGAGCGCUCCAUAAUAUCGCUGUUUAUUAGCUGUUUCGAGUUUGACAAAAAUACUGGAUCGAGUUGGCGUCGUAGUGCAUUGGGCUGAUUUAGGGGGCGAAAUAGCUGCCAUCUUGGAAAAGUAUCCUCCAAAACAGCCCCACAAUGCACUGCAAUGCCAACUCGAUCCAGUUUUCCCCUCCACCUCGGAAUAGCUAAUAAUAGGUAGAUUAAGAUUCCCGCUCUUUAUUCCGACAAACGGCAAACGUGACCACGUUUCCCUACAUCUCACUUUACCUUUUGCAAACCUUCCCAACAAAGACAAGUAUUCUUUUUAUCUACUACUUGGAGAAUUUUUCGAUUCCUUUUCACUAAUUUUAAAGAAUUUUUUAAUGGUCAACUGACGUUUCACGUUUGCCGUUAACGAGAAGCUUAAACUCUCUAAUGACGUUUGUAUACGCAGGUCUGGUACAAUCCUCGUAUCUUUCCGUCAAAUGACACCCUACUUGAAAUAUUGACGAGAACGAAUGGGAGUCAUAACAACAUGAAAGUAUCAGUUGGUUUCUGUUUAGAGAAUAACAUGUAGUAUUAAACUAUUUGCCUGAAAUUAAAACAAAUCACUUACGUAGUUUAGCUGAAGAUUUGGCACCUGACAAAAGCCACUGCUGGUAAAAGCCACUCGUAUAUUUUUGAAGGCUUUAAGCUAAUCUAUGCGCUAUUAUCAACACAUCUUUAGAACAAGCACCAGGAACAAAACGAAGCUGGUGUUUGCAUACUGCAUAAUUUCUUUUCUCGCACCUUCCACAAUAAAUAUCAGCUGCCAAGCUUUGUUGCUCGAUUGCAUUGGAAAUGAUCAAGAAAGCAAAUAUUUUUUUCAUCUCGAGUUGGAACGUUCGAUUUGUGCGCGCGCACAAAAUGAUCUCAAAACCACUGAAUUACCAUCAAAAUAUUCAAUAUAUCGAAAACGAGCUCGGUACACCCGCUUUUCUUUCUUUAUUCUAAAUAAGCGAUAAAGUCUGCAUUAAAUAGCCCUGUUACAAAGUUUUCUAAUUACUUUUUUCUAAAGUAGUCAGCCUGGCCCACCUUAUUGGCUGCAGUUUCCUUGGUUCAUAGACAGCAGUCUACAGCUUAUCCUUCAGAGAUACGAAUCUACUUAUGCACUUGGAAGAAUCAAAAAUAUAUGAUCAUUGACAAAAUUAUCUGGAUGCAAAAAUCAUAUCAUAAAAAUCUGUUUACAUGUU